CUACGACCCAUAUCAGCAUGAAAUAGUCUGUCAUACUCCAGCAGAGGGAGUGGAGCCUGGCACCAUAGCUGUGGUGAAGCAAGACGGUUACAUGCUGCAUGGACGUACCAUUCGCCAUGCCCAUGUGGGUAUAGCUGUGAAGACACAGGAGCAGUGACAGGACCUUAGUUCAGUCCUGUCCCGCUUAGGUUUUUUUUACACACACUCUCUCUCUCUCUUAGUAUGUACGAUACCAUUGUUCUUACAUCUCUAGACAACUACAUGUUUGACUUACUCUUUGAAGUAAUGGUUAUUUAUAUGCAUUUAUAAUUUUUUUUCCCUAACGUGUAAUCUACACAAUCAGGCUUUUUUUGUCAUUUUUUUGUUUUAGUUUUGAACCCCCCAAUUUACAGAAUGUCCAAUGCCCAUUUAAUGUUUGGAAAGAUUCAUUGAUGUCUUUUGUGUGUUAAAGACACUACAUUUGUAGUGUAAUAAGAAUCGUAGUGUUAAAUUGACCCGGAAAAUGCACUUUACACCCUUGUCAUGGUGGUUUAUGUAAGUGAUUAGUAGUUUUGGAGCUUAAGGGAUAAAGCAGUAAUGACUUUUAUAAGAAAGUAACACUUUAUAAUAAUAUUCUAUAUGUUUAACACUAGUUAAUGAAGUAGGUAUCAUGAAUUAACAAUGAACAGCCAUGUUUACAGCAUUCUCUGAUCUUGAGUAAUGUUAAUUUAAGAAUAUACUGUUCAUUCUACUUUAUAUUAGUUAGUUUUAACGUUAAACUAAUGUUAAUACAUAGAAUGUUAUUUUAACCUUACCGGAAAGUCUGUCUGUUCUGUUGUGAAAUGUCAAGUAAGUGUUAAAGGCCACCAGUACCCAAAACAAAUGCUAAAAGAUUUCUCUUUUUGAGGGGAGAAUUUUCACAUGCAUCCAAAGUGGAAUUGAACAAUGUUAUGUGGGAGAUAAAAUGAACAUAAAAAGUAUUUAUAUGUAUUUAUUUCGUUUGUAAUAGUUUUCCCUGAUAGUUUUUUUUGUUUUUUUUUUGGUAGCCGAGAAGAAAAACUGUAAGCUAAUUUCUUUAAACUAAGGUUUUUACGGAAGUAUUCUUUGUAAAUGUUGCAGACGAUUAGUUUUGAGUAUGUGUGCGAGGCAGAAGGUUUGACUGAAUAAAAUCUCAUCAUUUGUUCAUUCUGUGCACAAGGGGUCACUGUUCACAAAUGUUGCUCACAGUUCGUGCCGCGAGUGAAGAAACAAAACACCGGAAGUACGGUUAGAGUUGCUGCGCGUGUGUUCUCCAGCAACAGAAAAAUCGGCCUCAAGUUUGUUUCACAUAUUGUAGCGAAACAUGACGAAGGUAAAGAAGGAGAAAACUGUCGAAGAGGAGACCGGGGGAACAGAGAAAUCCUAUCAAGAAUUAAUAGCUAAUGUAAACCCAAUCGCAAACCCGCUUGCAUCGCGUAAACUAAGCAAAAAGCUCUACAAGUGCGUCAAAAAAGCGGCUAAAAUCAAACAGAUCCGACGAGGAGUAAAAGAGGUACAGAAAUUUCUCAACAAAGGAGAGAAGGGUAUUGUGGUGUUUGCUGGAGACACUCUUCCCAUCGAAGUGUAUUGCCACUUACCAAUCAUGUGUGAAGACAGAAACCUGCCCUAUGCUUAUGUGCCAUCUAAAGUUGAUUUGGGCUCAUCAGCUGGAUCGAAGCGUCCCACCUGUGUUAUCAUGGUCAAACCUCAUGAUGAAUAUAAAGAAGCCUAUGCUGAGUGUCUGGAGGAAGUCACGUCUCUGCCCAAACCAAUCUGAGGACACUUGAAUGUUUUAUUUGUAUUUUUUAAAGAACGAGUGAAUAUAUCAAAGCAAGUUAGAAUGGCUGUGAGUGACUUUGGAUGGUGUGCAUGUUCACCAGUGCAUCUGUCAUGUCAUUUAGAGACUGAAACCAAUUCUGGAUUCUCUGUGGACUUCAUUAGCAGAAAGCAGCACGAAUAUAUGAUAGCAGUUAAUGUGAUGUUGUGUAACAUUCAUGUCACCGGACAGUGGAUGGAGCUGUUGUUCAGCCUGUUGUGUUUCUCAAUAUUUGACACUCUUGAUCUCCGUUAUGCUUCAUGUAUUGAUUGGUUUGCUUUUCAUUUUUCAUAACUGCUUUGGGGCAGUGGACCCCAGAGAGCUCUAAGAGAUGUCAAAAUAAAUGUUUUCUCAA